AUAUUGGAUAAUUUUCCAGCCUAUCCUAUAGCUGGCAGCAUGCAUCGUUUCUUUGUGCGUUUCUGCACAUUGAUCUUCAUAGAAGAAAAGGCGCAAUGUUUGGACUUAAAAAACAACAACAAGUUGUCAAAAUAAGAAGCCUGAAUGAAACAAAAAAAUAUGGGGUGGCUGCAACAAGUCUGAAAGAGCUUCUCAAAAAGGGGAGUAAACUUCUACAGGUUCCACUCGUCGGUUCGCAUAUUUCCUUGUAUGAAGAUGGAACAGAAUUGACAGAGGACUAUUUCCGAAGUCUUCCAGACAAUGCUGAACUUGUCCUUCUUGCCAUGGAUGAGAGAUGGAGCGGAUUUGUCUGCGACAUAGGCCGGUUGCUGGACACCGACAGGAACUCAGAUCUUCUGAUUGAUGCAGCUAAGGGGCUUCUCUCUGACGAGCGGUCUCCAAAGAGACGCAGACUCCUGGGGGACCUGCUCCUACACUUGAAGGACAGCUCUGAGACUGAAAACAGAGAAGACGAUGAAGACUGGUUCCAAGGAAUUGAUGACAGAUUUAAGACCAAAUCGGGCUACAUGAAGUACAACUGUGAGAGCAGGAUUCGUGGAUACAUGAAGGAGGUGCAUAGUUAUGCUCAAACCAUCCAAAAGCCUACACUCAAGGACGAAUACAAAAAAACUGCAGAGUGCUUAGUGAUGCAGCUGAAAUCUGACAAGUACAAUGGUUGCUACUUCAACAGGAAAGAAAAGGAACAAAAUCGACUAUGCACCCAGGAGGGAUGGUUCUCCUGUCAGGGUGCUUUUGACCAUGAUGAAUGCAAGUCCCUUCACUCAAUCAACCCCUAUGGAAACCGAGAGAGCAGGAUUCUCUUUAGCACCUGGAACUUGGACCACGGGAUUGAAAAGAAGAGGACAGUCAUUCCUACCCUGGUGGAAGCACUGCAGAAACACAAGAGCAGCAACAUAAACCUGGACUAUUUUUACAAACUGCUGUUUACUCGGGAGAAUCUGAAGCUGGUACAUAUUGUAUGCCAUAAGAAAGGUGCCCAUAACUUGCUCUGUGACAAAAGGAAAAUUUACAAACAGGGCAAACGAAAAUGAUUCUUUAAAGUGAAGAUGCAGGGUAUAUGUUUUUCUACUGUUUAUUCUUGAAUUUUGUAUUUCUUUAUUAACUAGCUAACGGAUGAAGUGCAAGACGCAUGAUAACUGGUAAAUAUAACUAAAUAAUUAUGGGCAGGGAACAUUGUUUUCUGCUACUAUCAGAACAGCUUAUUUAUUGAUCAUUUUGUGCUAGUGAUUUUAAAGCACUCCAUCAUGAGCUAUUGUUUGAGUAAUAGUCAAUGGACCAAUCACAAAUCGUCCCGAACCCUACUCACAGAGGUACAUUCCGUUCGAUUCAACGUUUGCUACAUCGCGUGUCAGUUUGUACUGAACGACACGUUCCCCCCAAUGCAGCGCACACCAGUCUUCAACAGCCUUUGAGGUACGUUUGGUGGGUGUGGCCUGAUCAAUAUGGAUGAGACCAUUUCAAAUGGCAAAAUGUGUUGAACACACCAUACAGUCGCUCUCUGGGCCACCAUAAUGACACCGUUCAACUAUUCUCUCAGAACAAUACCGCUUCCGUUGAAAUGAAAUGCUUAACAUUGUUCUGUACUACUGAAUGCACCCCUGGUGAUCUGAUAGGAUUUGAUUGGUAUAAGCAAAUGGUGAAACUUCCACCCCGCCUAUCAGAGGGAUAGGUGGAACUAUUACCAUAUUGAUUACAUCAGUCAAAUCCUCUGAGCUCCACAAGUGAAUAGGGUGGGGGGGUUGAAAUAAAGGUUUUACUAUUGUUGGA